AGCUUAGCUACCAUCAGUUUGUUUGAUGAAUGUGUGUGUUUGUAGAGUUGUCAUUUAGGACUUAAUUUGCUAAAAUUAUGUAGCAACGGUUACGACUCUUAUUAUAACUAUUGCCGUUCUCAUAUGUUCUAGAGAUUAUAUAUUACACACAGAAGUUGUAAAUCUAUCUAUCUAUAUAAAGUUUUUUUUUUCUUCUUAUAACAUGUGAAACGAGGAUUUGUUGACAUGUAUCUUCAUAUUUUAUUUUGUAUUUUAAAUCUUUUUUUUUUAGGUUAUUGCAAUUUGUUCUAUCAAUUUCUUAUUAUGUACUAUCUAAUUCUUCUCAUACUUAUUAGUCUAUAAAAUUCAAGAAAUAAAUAAAAUAACAAAAAUACAUUUUAAAUAUUUAAUUUAUUUACAAUUAAAAAUAACAUAAACUGUCACCAUUUUAUUAUUUUUACUAAUUUUUAUUAUUUCAUUUACAAAUUAUAUAUUUAUUUCACUAUUAAUAUCAUAAGAUAAUCAAACCAAGAAUAAGAAACUAGAUCACCAAUGCAAAUAACCAAGAAAACGGGUCAGAAGGAGAAUAAUAAUCGAAAUGCCAAAGCCACCAAGAAGCAGGAACAUAUAUGCCUAAAGCACCGAAAUCACAAUCAGUAGCUAAAAGAUAAGAAACGCCUCACAAACUAAACAAGAAUAUACAACACGGCCAUGCAAGUGAAAAACCACAAAGAUCUAGAUAGAAGGGACCAAAGCUCCAAGAGACUAACUCCACACACCUACCUAUACAAAGGAAACAUAGAAAGAAAAGAAACAACUUGAGGGAGGGAGAAUCAAAGACAACUACCAAGAAAUCAGAAACUAAAUUUGAUACCAUAAAUAACCUUCCAAGUCCAUAUAACAUGCACGAACGAAAACAUUAUCCAAACCUCGAGUGGCAAACAUGGUGAAAGAUAGAGCCACCAGAGAUGCGAUGAAAGCUGCAAAGAGAUGCGAGAAUAGAGAGGAAAAAUGAGACGAAACGAAAUCAGCAAACUAUGAAGCCAUCCUCGAGCUAUGAAAGAGAGCAUAGAAGUUAGAACACCAAAAACUAGAUCUUGAAAACCAAGACGAGCAGAGACUAUUGACGGUAAGCCUACGUUGAGGAAUACAACAUCAAAAACGACUAAACUAUGACCCAACCACGAAGAUGCAGUUCCUAACAUCAGCUGAAAUCUAAGGAAGAAGAGGAGCAGUCAAUAUUGACUGGAAUAACCUAAUACCGUGAGAAUCAAGCGAAAAACUGAAAACUCAUAAACCCGAUCUACAACAAAUACCAUGUAAUCUCAAGGAAGAACAAGAGAAAGAUGUAAGUCUUUUUCCGGGUGAUGGUGAGAAGCACCGUACACCAGAAAGGUAACGAAAUACAUAGACGGUGAUAGCUCAAGGUCAAAAUAUAGGGAGAUGGCAAAAAACAUCUUAAAAGUUAUAAUUUUCAAAAAUAUGAAAAAAUAUAAUACAAUUUUGACGCUGAAACCGUUAAUCUUAGAAUCAACAAAGUUAUUGAAAUUCAAUAUUCUUUUACAAUGCUCAUUUCACUACUAACGAGUACUAUACACACAACAAUACAUUAUUCGAAAAAACAAACACAAAAUAUAUUAACCUAUCAUCAUUACUACAUAACACACUAAAAACACCAAAUAACGAUUUUAACAAAUAAAAACAACAACAUAAUUACAUUAUCUAAAAAACUAUGUUCUUAUCAAUAAUAAAAACAAUAUUCCGCGGACAUCCCGUGUUAACUUAUAUAUCAAAAUGAAAAAAUGGUCCAUGAUUUUUUUACUUCUUUUUUUUUCUUCACUGCAACGUUUUCUUUUCGCAGUUGUAAAUAUAUUUUUUUUAAAUAUUCACAUUUUCCACGUACUCAGUAUUCCGGUCUCGUAGAGACUUUAAUCUACUACAAAUAUAUUUGCCUCGUAAAUCAAGAACCCAAGCCUACAAAAAGUGAGUAGGGGUACUAAGGUAACUUCACGAAAUGAUAUAUAAUCUAUUUUUUUAAAGCAACAGUCAUUUUCGAGAAACAUAAAUGCGCUUAUAAAUUGGAAAGACAUAAAGAAAUAAAACAAAAUAAACAUUUGUUCUCUUCCACUGUCUUGUCUAAUGUCUGUAGAGUAAAGAGAUAGAGCCGACGUUACAGUAUCUCUCGCUUCUCUCUCACACGAGCAAGAAAACUUUCACGUUCACCGGAGAAAACUAUUACUCCUGUAAGAAAGCAAUUAAAGACCUAUUCAGAUGGAAGAUUUUAGAGCUUUUCCCUUCGCCGGGAAUCUAGACCCUCGAGCUCAAGAGUUCGUACCGGCACCACUAAACCCUAUGUCUUCACGUUUCCACUUUCCGUACACUUCUCUGCCGCCGCCGCUUCCGCCACCUCCUCCGUCGUACGGACUAUCUCCAUCGGAUCCAAGAAUGUUCACGUUCUUUAAUAUCCCACCACAUCCGAUGAUGUUUCCUCCUGCUCCUCAUCCUCCACCACCACCACCUCGUCCGUGGUUUAACGGUUUUUCAGCUGUUCAACGGCUAUCUCCGCCGUCGAACUCGCCGACGCGAUCACUUUCUCUGAUCUACGUACCGCGUGACGUCACCGAGUCUACGGUGAGACGUGACUUGGAGGUGUUCGGCGACGUGCGUGGCGUGCAGAUGGAGAGAAUCUCGGAAGGAGUCUUGACCGUCCAUUUCUACGAUCUCCGUGACGCGAAAAGAGCUGUUCGAGAGUUUUGCGGUAGACACAUGCAACACCAAGAAAGGCUCGGUAGCAGCAGUGGAGGUGGAAGCGUUUGGAGAUCACCCUCUUCAUCGGCGCGUGGGUUUGUUUCUGGUAGACCUGUGUGGGCCCACUUUGUAGUCCCGGAUACAAACGCCGUACCCGGUGGUUGUAACCAAGGAACGUUGGUGAUAUUUAACCUAGACCCUGAUGUCUCUUCCACUGCUCUCAGACAGAUUUUCCAAGUUUACGGUUCGAUCAAAGAGUUGAGAGAGACACCAUACAAGAAACAUCAAAGAUUCAUCGAGUUUUACGAUGUAAGAGAUGCAGUGAAUGCGUUUGAUCGAAUGAAUGGUGAAGAAAUUUAUGGGAAGCAAGUUGUAAUCGAAUUUAGCCGACCAGGUGGGCUUAAGAACAACUUCACGCCAUUUAGGCAACCGCAGUUACCGUUUCAGCCGCGACCAGUUUUAUUGACUCCUCCUUUGAAGCAGUCUGUUAUUCUGACCAAUGGUAAAAGCAAGAAUGUGAGCCCUAAUAAUGGAGUUGAUGUUGUUGAAGCUUCUAUGCGUUCGUUGUGUGACAUUGAUGAUGAAGCAGAAUCUGAAACAAGGAGCAAGAACGUGGCUAAGUUGGGGAGGAAAAAGCAGAUGAAGAGCAUGGAACUAAGUCAGUUUCUUAUCAGUGAAGAAGCAAUGAAUGAUCCAAGUUGCAGAGAUCCACGUACCACUUUGAUGAUAAAGAACAUACCAAACAAGUACAGUCAAAAGCUGCUGUUGAAUAUGCUGGAUAAUCACUGCAUUCACAUCAACCAAGCUAUCACCGAGGAGGAGAGGGGCGAAUACAAAGCUCAUCCUGAUCAGCCAAUUUCUUCUUAUGAUUUCGUGUAUCUCCCGAUGGAUUUCAACAACAAGUGCAAUGUUGGUUAUGGGUUUGUGAACAUGACAUCUCCGGAGGCAGCUUGGAGGCUUUACAAGGCGUUUCAUCUUCAGCGCUGGGAGAUUUUUAAUUCGCAUAAGAUUUGCCAAAUCACAUAUGCGAGAGUUCAGGGUUUGGAGGAUCUAAAGGAACACUUCAAGAGCUCAAAGUUUCCGUGCGAGGCCGAACUGUACCUUCCGGUGGUUUUUUCGCCUCCACGAGACGGGAAGCAGCUAACGGAACCUGUUUCUAUCAACAUCAACGACUGCACCGGGCUCAAUACUAUUCAUCAUCUCGAGCCUAUUGACGGUCCAGAUCACUCUGUGGGUGGGUCAUGUUGCGGUAGUGACAAUGAUAACAGUCAGGAAGAUGGAUUAUCCGGCAAUAACAUAGAUGGUGGACACAGUUUCACGGUGGUAGGAGCGACAUCUUUCUAGAAGUUGUUUGUAAUGUAAACCAUAAAUAUAUGAAGUGUAAUUAGACAAAUCAUGUUGUUUAUGUUUUAUGCGUGUUAUGUUGUCUCA